UUUAACUUACACUAGUUUAUUUUAUCAUCGUAGUCGUAAAUGCUAAGUAACUUGUAUUUGUGACAAAGCCAAGCUAAUUAUUUUUGUGAGAAACAGAACUCCUUAAGUGGUUUAUUUUGUUUUAUAAUAACAAAAUGCUAGUAAGCCAAAGAUCAGAUGAAUGAGUGACACCGGCAGUGACACGGAAGCGACCGAACAUACGGCACUCAUGGACGGGCACAUAGCUGAAGCUCGCCCCGACAGGGAGAUUGCUGAAAGAAUAGCAAGGAAAAGAAAAACCAAAUCGGAAAACCAACGCACAUAUGGUAGUGUGGAUCAGACAGAAGGCAGUGCACCAAAUGUACCAAGUAGUUCAGCGCCCAGUGCAGGUGUCUCAUCACCUCCAGUUGAGCCUCAGAUUGAAGAGCUGGAGCUCAAGUAUGGAGCGCGGCAUGUCAUCAAACUCUUCGUGCCAGUUACAUUGUGUAUGCUUGUUGUUGUAGCUACAAUAUCAUCAAUAAACUUCUAUUCCGUCAAAGAUGUGUAUCUUGCCUAUACACCUUUUCAUGAAGAGAGUCCAUAUGCAGUGACGAAGGUGUGGAACGCCCUCGCCAAUUCCAUGAUUCUUCUCAUGGUGAUAGCUCUGAUGACUAUACUGCUGAUUGUACUUUAUAAGAAGAGGUGUUACAAAAUAAUACAUGGCUGGCUCAUACUAUCGUCACUCAUGCUGCUAUUUUUAUUUUCAUAUCUGUAUAUAGAGGAAGCGCUGCGAGCAUACAAUAUACCAAUGGAUUAUAUCACAUUAGCUUUUGUAAUGUGGAACUUUGGCGUGAUGGGCAUGAUCGUGAUACACUGGAAGGGUCCAUUGCGGCUGCAGCAAGCGUACCUGAUAUUCAUAGCGGCGCUUAUGGCUCUAGUGUUUAUUAAGUACCUGCCGGAAUGGACAACAUGGGCCGUCUUAGCUGUUAUAUCUGUUUGGGACUUGGUAGCUGUGUUAACACCUAAAGGACCUUUAAGAAUAUUAGUAGAGACUGCACAAGAGAGAAAUGAACCUAUUUUCCCAGCUCUCAUAUAUUCAUCGACGGUGAUGUACUGCCUGGUGGCGACGACGGCGGCGGGGGCGGGGGCGGGGGCGAGUGUGGGCGCGGGCGACGACGGCGCCCGGGAGCCGCGCCCGCGGGAACUGCGACCACUCAACCCGCACACCGCCCGGGAGCGGGAGGCGAGUCGGCGCGAGUCGUCAGGCGCGGUUGGUGCGGGUGGUGGUACAGGCGGCGGCGGCGCGGCCGAGGCGGCAGGUUUCGACGCGGCGUGGCAGGCGCGCGCGGGUGAACCGCGGCGACUGCGGGUGGACGGCACCGCGCCCGCCAGCUACACCACGCGCCUUGACCGCCCGCAGCCGCCGCCCGAUCUCGACGAAGAGAAGGGAGUUAAGCUUGGAUUAGGCGACUUCAUAUUCUAUAGUGUACUAGUGGGGAAAGCUAGUUCUUAUGGAGACUGGAACACUACGCUCGCCUGUUUUGUAGCUAUACUAAUUGGGCUGUGCCUCACGCUAUUGCUGCUUGCAAUACUCAAGAAAGCGCUGCCUGCUUUACCUAUAUCUAUUACAUUUGGAUUAAUCUUCUACUUCGCGACGCGUUGUGUCGUCAAACCAUUUGCGGACGCAUUAGCCGCUGAGCAAGUGUUCAUUUAGCCACCGCCUUUAAUACCUGCUCACUAACGUGGUACUUAGGAAAUUGAAGAUUCAGUGUUUGUUAGACAAUGAUUAUAUAUUUUUUUUUAUUUAUUUGUAAAGAUCCAAAACAAUAGCUCACUUACACCAACAUAAUGUAAAUGACAUUUUGCGUAUAAUACAAAAUCUCAAACGAUAUAUUCCGAUGGUAAUAUUGAUAAACUCUUGUUUCUUGUACAUGCCAGAUGCACUUGAUCUCAUAUUUGCCAAUUAAUAAAUUAUAGGAAAGUAAAGUUUGCCACUGACUUAAAUUGUUUUAAUUAUAUUUUAAAUAUUAUUGCGAUAUUACAGCGCAAUAGAAUAAUAUAAUAUUGAAAUAAAUAAAUAUAAUUAUUUAAUUAAAAUAUUGAAAGUAUUAUGAGAGCUUCAUUAACAAUUGAUUGUCGCUCGAGGUCAAAGUGCAGAUAACCAUAUUUAUAGAUAUGUAGGUAAUAGAAUGAAAAUUGUGAAUGGAAAUUCCAAUGCAAUAAUUUCAAUUAGACACCAAUAGAUAUAGAAUAUGGUAGUGUACAUAUUAUUAUAUUAUUAAUGCAAUUCGUAAUGUUCUUGUUGAAAAUGAAAAGAGUAUUCUUAGAUUAUAAUUUUGCAUAAGUAUAUUGAAUGGUUUUCUUCUAUUACCAUUUAUACGAUGAGGAUAUUUUUUUUUUGUAUAAUUAAUAAAAUUAUCUGGCAUGGUAGUUGAUAUAACAUUGCCAAUUGAGAUUAAGUACCUAAACCAUUUUGACAUUCCAUUAAUUAUGAACAUAACCCUUAGCAGUUUAUUACCCAACUGACACCAUGUUUUCCCUUUAAUUUAAAUAUAAUAAAUUAUAACUUUUUAAUUUAUAAGGAAUUAUCCACAAUUAAAUAAAUCAUUUUGUAACAG